ACACAGUCCACAGAGCGCGCACGGCUGAGGCGCACUGAACAUCUCUCCACAAACCUCCGCGGAGAAGUUACGCGCAACGACAGCCAUGGACCUGAACUUCAACCGUGUCACAUCUACGGAUUGUUGUGCAUAUUUGAUUAUUUAUUAGUAAUAGAAAGGACAUUGUGCCACGUAUAUUUCAACCUUUUUUCUUUUUUUUUCUUUUUUUUUUCUUUGGAGAUAUGGGUGCACUUUAUCAUUUUAUCUGCUGAGCGUCUGUGCGUAAAAAUCGUCUUUGGACACAUCGCGGUUUGAGAUGACGGAUUUCACCAACGGGAGCCAGAGCAGCGCGCGCCGCAGUGACUACGUGUGGCAGUACGAGUACUACGACGACGAGGAGCCGGUGUCGUUUGAGGGGCUGAAGGCGCACAGAUACUCCAUUGUGAUCGGCUUCUGGGUGGGGCUGGCGGUCUUCGUCAUCUUCAUGUUCUUCGUCCUGACUCUGCUCACUAAGACUGGAGCUCCACACCAGGAUAACCCAGACCUCGACAACUGCCCACGCCCGGCGACCAGUGCAUUGGAAGGCGUCACUGCUGAAGACGACUCCGAAAAAGCCUUCUCUAGACCUUUACUCACCGAACCCCGCUCCUACUUCCACUUCUACAUCACAGAGGAGCGUCAGCCGAGCAAACCCAAGCCUGAGGAGCAACCCAACGGCCACGCUCCGCCCCAAAACCCCACGAACUGCACGGGCAACGGCAUCCACCACGACGACAACCACGAGCUGAGUCUGGUGCUAGAAGAACGCACCAAAAUGGAUGUCGCGGAGUGUAGUUUCGUGUCUCAUUUCAACAUUCCGAACUUUGUGAAUCUGGAGCAGGCGUCAGCACUCGGGGAAGAGGACCUUGUAGAGCCGGUGGUGACUCUUGAGAAGCAGGCGUGUGUACAAGAGGUCCACUGUGACACGCGUUAGCCGAGUGUGUACAUAACGGUGAACUCUGAUGGAUUAAUUUCUCGAGGGAGCUGUGUUUGCUUGAAGAGUGCUGUGUGCCGAUAAGAGCAAACCGCUCAGCAAACAUGGACUGAAGAAGGAGUUAAGUGUGCAUAUGUAAAAAUGUGUUCCUGGGAGUGUAAAAUGAAUACAAAAAAAUCCCUUGCCAUUCACGACUUGUCUAUUUACCAUCACUAAAAUAAAUGUCUUGUUUAAAGAGGGGGUAUUGUACAAAAUCGACUUUUUGGAGCUUUCUACCAUGUUAUAACGUUGUUCCCUCGUCGAAAACAUGCUUGAAGAGGUUUUAAAUGUCAUCAUAGAUUGUAUAUAUAAAUGGACAUAGCUGAAGUGCUAUUCUUGUUAUUUUGGUCAUAAAUGUUCGUAUUAACCCGCUCUACAUGAUCCUGGCAUACUUUAUUUCGCUAUUUUGUCCGUAACUCAAGAUAUGAAAGUAACAGACAGGUGACUCCCACUAACAUUAGCAACAGGUUUGAUUGACAGUGUUGCUAAGCGCCCGCUCCCAGCUAAACCAGCGGUUGCGAGUGAGAAGGGGCAUUACCUUCAACAUUCUCACUCCGGAUUGGCUCUUUGAUUGCUGUCAUAUUCGAGCUUGAAAUGUCAAAUGUGGAACUCGACUCCAUAUUCGCCCCUGUAACUGCUAACGUCGAUGAGCUUCAUUUGACUGGAGCAAGUGCAAUGGAUGAUGUCACACAGUGCAUGAAUGUCGUCCAUGCAUGUUUGAGGAAUCUCGCGAUCUCUCCCACGAAAUAUUCAAACCCUCCUUACGGUUAGCUGGAUGAUUCUGUGCAAUGCUCCGCCCACAAGCCUACAUCACCCAUGCUCCCACACGACAAUUCUUCAUAAAUAAACAAAAGCAUGAUGAAAAACAAUACACUACAACUUCACAAACCCGGUGCGAUGUGUCAGUUGCAUUACCGAAAUGCCUACUGAUUGUGUUGUGAUUCCGUUCAGAGCUUCAAAAACUAAAUUUAAACUUGUUAAUAUAUUGUUUUGGUUGAAUAUGGCAUUAUCAAAACAAUAAAAGGUAAUGGUGAUCUAAAUAUGUGAUGUGCUAGUCGUUAACACAUCAUAGAAGUAAAAUACCCCUUCUUUAACCAACUAAAGUUUGUAAAUUGAUAGCACAAGAUGUAAUUAGAUGUUUUCUAAUUGACUUGAAUGGAAACAUCAAAAUUAGUUCAGUUUAAAGUGGCUAUAUCUGAUUUUUUUUUAAAUACAGAUAUACAGUGUUUUAUUAGCAGGUCUUAAGGCAAAAAUGGGACUGUUUGGAACCAGUGUACUGUUAAAAUGCUCAUUGUUUUAAGCAUUUCUGUGAUGAAAAAAGCUGUGAAAAGUGUUUAUAAACUAAUUGUUGUGAAUAGCUGGGACACUCACAAAGUAUCGGGUAAAGGAGGAAUAAGUUUGGACCCCUGCAAACUGUUUGAAAUUAAUUUCUGUUUGUCAUGUUUCUAAAAAUAAAAAUUAGGUACUCGGUGCUUUCAACU